CGUCAAGAAAGCCCGUCCUCAAGGUGAGUAUGCUCGUCCAUUGUGUGUUCUGUUAUACGAAGGCCUGCCUUUGCUGCAUAUGAUCGGAGAAAAUGGUGCGGACAGGCAGGUGGAAAAGCUGGAUUCGACCAUAUGCUGUCAGAUGUACUACUCUACAUGCAUCUACAUCAUAAAAUCAUUGUGCUGACAUUAUAAUUUUGGCUCUAGACUAAGCCAUGGGUUUCGCGCACAACAACGUACUUCACUCUAACCAUUUCCGCAAAGACUGGCAGCGCCGGGUACGCACCUGGUUCGACCAGCCCGGUCGCAAACUCCGCAGACGCAAUGCUCGCAAGACCAAGGCCGCUGCCCUUGGUGUCCGCCCACUCACUCUCCUCCGUCCCGCCGUUCGUGCCCAAACCGUUCGCUACAACCGUAAGGUCCGGGAGGGCCGCGGUUUCACCCUUGCUGAGCUGAAAGAAGUUGGUAUCAACCGCAAAGAAGCACUUGGUGUAGGUAUUGUUGUUGACCACAGGAGGAGGAACUUGAGCGAGGAGGGGAAGAAAUUGAAUGUCGAGCGGUUGAAGGCCUACAAGGCCAAGCUGAUCGUUUUCCCUCGGAAUGCUAAGAAGCCCAAGAAGGGCGACUCGACUGGUGCUGAUCUCGAGGCUGAGACUACACGCACGCACCUUCCUCUUCCUGCACCCUACAUUCAUGAAGCACCUCGCAAGAUCACAGACAAUGAACGGUCAUUCGAGGCUUUCAAGACCCUUCGCGUUGCACGAGCUGAUGCUCGGUAUGAGGGUGUACGCAAAAUCCGGGCAGCCAAGAAGGAGGAAGAGGAAGCAAACAAGAAAAAGUAGUUUUCUCUUCUUUAUGUUUUACCACACUACAUCAUGCUUUCCGGUUACCCUCUUGUAUGCUCCUAAAAGCCGGGUACGACAAGUUGUGCCUAGGGCAUCACAUGCGUUACGUAUGCUCAUGGACACGACUGUUUUGCGUUGCAUCGAAAUCGCAAGCCACUUCAGUGUUUCAAUCACACGUUCUAUCUAUAUAGUCAUGAUGUAUCAGAACGUGAAGAUGAUGAAGGUAUCUUAUGGUUGGAUCUA